GUCUGGAAGCAAACUAGACGAGGAAGGUGUUGAAGUUGCUGUCUGCCGUCAUGGGGUUUUGCUCAAGGGACUGAAUAUGUUCCGUGGAGAAAUAUUUGCAUACCCAUUAUAUCUCCAGAAACAGCUAGCUUCACAGACCGUCCAGUUUUUUUGCUCUGAUGUGGUCUGCAAAUAUUGGCCAUAUCUGCAGAAAGUUGUGGGCCACUGUCCAGAGUUGGAGGACUUGCUGAACAUGCGCCCAUUUCUCUCCAUCAUGCAUGCAAAAGCGCAUUCAUGGAUGUGUGAGUUAAAAUGGGGGGGACGCAAUCAAGAAGGAGCUGGAACAACAAUCGGGGAGGAGGUUGAACAGGUUAACAGCUUCCUCUCUCGAGCAGCCAUAUGUUCCAAGUACAUGUCAAAAGCCGUUCGCACAGACAUGCUAACUAUCCAGGCAAGUGGCUGGAACAAGCGAAAGGCAGAAAACCUUGACCGGACACUGGCCAAAAGAUACAUCAAGACUGUACAAAGGAUUGCAGAGGCAACAAAGGACCUAGAGAAACUCACAACUGAGUUAUCUCUACAGCAAGACACAGUCCAGCAGUGGGUGUCUGAUGUGCAGCAGUGGACCUCAGGAGCAACAAUCCAAAUUGACCUGCAGAGGACCAUCGAGGGGCUAUAUUUGGGCAUCAAACAGCGAAAAUUUCAGCUGUAUCGUCAGUCUGGUGGGAACAAGCGAAGGCAUCAACUGAGAAGAAAGAUUGCUGUUGAGAAGAAAGCCUUAGAAGUUGCCAUCAAUGACCACAAUGCUACUGUGGGGGAAGUUGAAAAACUGCCUCCUCCCAAUGAACUCCUGGCUGUGGACAACUACUCCUGGCCAUGGGAAUGUAAGUACUUCCCCUGA